GCAUGAAAGAGUUUAGUAAACUUAGUAUUUUAAUGGAUCACAUGAAGAUCCACACUGGUGAAAAGCCGUACCUGUGCAACACCUGCAGAAAAACCUUUACUCAUUCAUCACUUCUUAAACGCCACAUAACCACGCACACGGGCGAGAGGCCCUACAGCUGCAAAACACGUGGAAAGAGUUACAGGCAACAUUCCCACCUCGUGGUUCACUCGAGGAUCCACACGGGCGAGAAGCCCUACAUCUGCAAAACAUGUGGAAAAAGUUACACAGAACGUUCCAGCCUGGUGAUUCACUCGAGGACCCACACUUGGGAAAGGCCAUACCUGUGCAACACCUGCAGCAAAACCUUUACUAAUUUAUCGGAUCUUAACCGCCACAUAACCAUACACACGGGCAAAAAGCCCUACAUCUGCAAAACAUGUGGAAAGAGUUACAGGCUACGUUCCCACCUGGUGAUUCACUCGAGGAUCCACACCGUUGAAAGGCCGUACAUGUGCAACACCUGCGGAAAAACCUUUACUAAAUCAUCAAAUCUUAAAAGCCACAUAACCAUGCACACGGGCGAGAAGCCCUACAUCUGCAAAACAUGUGGAAAAAGUUAUAGGCUACGUUCCCAACUGGUGAUUCACUCGAGGAUCCACACCGGCGAAAGGCCGUACAUGUGCAACACCUGCGGAAAAACCUUUACUGAA